UAGGACUCUGGGGACACCGCCCCCCGGCCCCCGCGUCCCGCCCCCGCCCAGCCUCGCGCCUCAGUUCGCGCCGCGCCAGGGCUCGGAGCGCAGCGGCGCCGGCUCCCGCAGCCGGAGAGGAGCCAGCCCCGGGAGCCUAGCGGCGCGCACUGCCUGCAGCCGCGCUGGCGAUGCGGGGCCGCCCCGCGCCCGCCCGAGUCCCGGCCCCGGCGCCCUCGGGAAGGGGCUGAGCCGCCCGCCGCCCGGAUGGGGAGCCUUGGCGCGCUCGCCCUCUGCCUGCUCCGGCUCCUGCUCCUGGGGCUGCAGCGGCCGCCGUUGCCCGGCGCCGGAGCGCAGAGCGCCGCAGGUGGCUGUUCUUUUGAUGAGCAUUACAGCAACUGCGGGUAUAGUGUGGCUCUGGGAACCAAUGGAUUUACCUGGGAGCAGAUUAACACAUGGGAGAAGCCAAUGCUGGACCCAGCUGUGCCCACAGGGUCCUUCAUGAUGGUGAACAGCUCUGGAAGGGCUUCAGGCCAGAAAGCCCAUCUUCUUCUGCCAACAUUGAAGGAGAAUGACACCCACUGCAUUGACUUCCAUUACUACUUCUCCAGCCGAGAUCGCUCCAGCCCGGGAGCUUUGAAUGUCUACGUGAAGGUGAAUGGUGGUCCCCAAGGGAACCCUGUCUGGAACGUGUCUGGGGUCGUCACUGAGGGCUGGGUGAAGGCAGAGCUUGCCAUCAGCACCUUCUGGCCUCAUUUCUACCAGGUGAUAUUUGAAUCCGUCUCUUUGAAAGGUCAUCCUGGUUACAUCGCUGUGGACGAAGUUCGGGUCCUUGCUCAUCCAUGCAGAAAAGCACCACAUUUCCUGCGACUCCAAAAUGUUGAGGUGAAUGUGGGGCAGAACGCCACGUUUCAGUGCAUUGCUGGUGGGAAGUGGUCCCAGCAUGACAAACUUUGGCUCCAGCAAUGGAAUGGCAGAGACACAGCCCUCAUGGUCACCCGGGUGGUCAACCACAGACGCUUCUCAGCCACAGUGAGUGUGGCAGACACCUCUCAACGCAGCAUCUCCAAGUAUCGCUGCGUGAUCCGCUCCGAUGGUGGCUCUGGUGUGUCCAACUAUGCAGAGCUGAUUGUGAAAGAGCCUCCCACACCUAUUGCUCCCCCAGAACUACUGGCUGUGGGGGCCACCUACCUGUGGAUUAAACCAAACGCCAACUCCAUUAUUGGAGACGGCCCCAUCAUUCUGAAGGAGGUAGAAUAUCGCACGACCACAGGCACCUGGGCUGAGACCCACAUCGUGGACUCUCCCAACUACAAGCUCUGGCAUCUGGACCCUGAUGUGGAGUAUGAGAUCCGGGUGCUGCUCACACGACCAGGCGAGGGGGGCACAGGACCACCAGGACCUCCCCUCACUACCAGGACCAAGUGUGCCGACCCUGUGCAUGGCCCCCAGAAUGUGGAGAUUGUGGACAUUCGGGCUCGGCAGCUGACCCUGCAGUGGGAACCCUUUGGCUAUGCAGUGACCCGCUGCCACAGCUACAACCUGACAGUACAAUACCAGUACGUGUUCAACCAGCAGCAGUAUGAGGCUGAAGAGGUGAUCCAGACCUCUUCGCACUAUACCCUUCGGGGUCUACGGCCCUUCAUGACCAUCAGACUGCGGCUGGUACUGUCCAACCCUGAGGGCCGGAUGGAGAGUGAGGAGUUGGUGGUACAGACUGAAGAGGAUGUUCCAGGAGCUGUUCCUCUCGAAUCCAUCCAAGGGGGGCCCUUUGAGGAGAAGAUCUACAUCCAGUGGAAACCUCCCAAUGAGACCAAUGGGGUCAUUACACUCUAUGAGAUUAACUACAAGGCUGUGGGCUCACUGGAUCCAAGUGCUGACCUCUCCAGCCAGAGGGGGAAAGUGUUCAAACUUCGGAAUGAAACCCACCACCUCUUUGUGGGUCUAUACCCUGGGACUACCUACUCUUUCACCAUCAAGGCCAGCACAGCGAAAGGCUUUGGACCCCCUGUCACCACUCGGAUUGCCACCAAGAUUUCAGCUCCAUCAAUGCCUGAAUAUGAUGCAGAUACCCCACUCAAUGAAACAGAUACAACCAUCACGGUGAUGCUCAAACCUGCCCAGUCCCGGGGAGCCCCUGUCAGUGUUUACCAGCUGGUUGUCAAGGAGGAGCGACUUCAGAAGUCUCGGAGAGCAGCUGACAUCAUCGAGUGUUUCUCAGUACCCGUGAGCUACCGGAAUGCCUCCAACCUCGAUUCUCUACACUACUUUGCUGCUGAGUUGAAGCCCUCCAACCUGCCUGUCACCCAGCCGUUUACAGUGGGAGACAACAAGACCUACAAUGGCUACUGGAACCCUCCCCUUUCGCCACUGAAGAGCUACAGCAUCUACUUCCAGGCCCUCAGCAAAGCAAAUGGAGAGACAAAAAUCAACUGUGUGCGUCUGGCUACGAAAGCACCAAUGGGCAGCGCCCAGGUGACCCCGGGGACUCCACUCUACCUCUUCACCACAGGUGCUUCCACCCAGAAUUCUAACACUGUGGAGCCCGAGAAGCAGGUCGACAACACGGUGAAGAUGGCUGGCGUGAUUGCUGGCCUUCUCAUGUUCAUCAUCAUUCUCCUGGGGGUGAUGCUGACCAUCAAAAGGAGAAGAAAUGCUUAUUCGUACUCCUAUUACUUGUCCCAAAGGAAGCUGGCUAAGAAGCAGAAGGAGACCCAGAGUGGAGCCCAGAGGGAGAUGGGGCCUGUGGCCUCGACUGACAAGCCUACCGCCAAGCUCAGCACCAACCGCAAUGAUGAAGGCUUCUCCUCCAGCUCUCAGGAUGUUAAUGGAUUCACAGAUGGCAGCCGUGGGGAGCUGUCUCAGCCCACCCUCACCAUUCAGACUCACCCCUACCGGACUUGUGACCCUGUAGAGAUGAGCUAUCCCCGGGACCAGUUCCAGCCUGCCAUCCGGGUGGCGGACCUGCUUCAACACAUCACUCAGAUGAAGAGAGGCCAGGGCUACGGGUUCAAGGAGGAAUAUGAGGCCUUACCAGAAGGACAGACAGCUUCGUGGGACACAGCCAAGGAAGAUGAAAACCGCAAUAAGAAUCGAUACGGGAACAUCAUCUCUUAUGACCACUCCCGAGUGAGGCUGUUGGUACUGGAUGGAGACCCUCACUCAGACUACAUCAAUGCCAACUACAUUGAUGGGUACCACCGACCCCGGCACUACAUUGCAACCCAAGGUCCAAUGCAAGAGACUGUGAAGGACUUUUGGAGAAUGAUCUGGCAGGAAAACUCUGCCAGCAUCGUCAUGGUCACAAACCUUGUGGAAGUGGGCAGGCACCCAGCGGAACACACUGUGGGAACUGCCACGCUAGGCCGUGCUGCAUCCCCCGGAAUGGUGAAGUGUGUCCGAUACUGGCCAGAUGACACAGAGGUCUAUGGAGACAUUAAAGUCACCCUAAUAGAAACAGAGCCCCUGGCAGAAUAUGUCAUCCGCACCUUCACAGUCCAGAAGAAAGGCUACCAUGAGAUCCGGGAGCUCCGCCUCUUCCACUUCACCAGCUGGCCUGACCAUGGUGUUCCCUGCUACGCCACUGGCCUUCUGGGCUUUGUCCGCCAGGUCAAGUUCCUCAAUCCCCCAGAAGCCGGGCCCAUAGUGGUCCACUGCAGUGCUGGAGCUGGGAGGACUGGCUGCUUCAUUGCCAUUGACACCAUGCUCGACAUGGCUGAGAAUGAAGGGGUUGUGGAUAUCUUCAACUGUGUACGUGAGCUCCGGGCACAGAGGGUCAACCUGGUGCAGACAGAGGAGCAGUACGUGUUUGUGCAUGAUGCCAUCCUGGAAGCAUGCCUCUGUGGCAAUACUGCCAUUCCCGUAUGUGAGUUCCGCUCUCUCUACUACAACAUCAGCAGGCUGGACCCGCAGACCAACUCCAGCCAGAUCAAAGAUGAGUUUCAGACGCUCAACAUCGUGACACCUCGAGUGCGACCCGAAGACUGCAGCAUUGGGCUCUUACCCCGGAACCAUGAUAAGAAUCGGAGCAUGGAUGUCCUGCCUCUGGACCGCUGUCUACCCUUCCUCAUCUCAGUAGAUGGAGAGUCCAGCAACUACAUCAACGCAGCACUGAUGGAUAGCCACAAGCAGCCUGCCGCCUUUGUGGUCACCCAGCACCCUCUACCCAACACUGUGGCAGACUUCUGGAGGCUGGUGUUUGAUUAUAAUUGUUCAUCUGUGGUGAUGCUGAAUGAGAUGGACACUGCUCAGCUCUGUAUGCAGUACUGGCCUGAGAAGACCUCUGGGUGUUACGGUCCCAUCCAGGUGGAGUUUGUCUCUGCAGACAUUGAUGAGGACAUCAUCCACAGAAUCUUCCGUAUCUGUAACAUGGCUCGACCACAGGAUGGUUAUCGCAUUGUCCAGCACCUCCAGUACAUCGGCUGGCCUGCAUACCGGGACACACCCCCCUCCAAGCGCUCUCUGCUCAAAGUGGUCCGACGGCUGGAGAAAUGGCAGGAGCAAUAUGAUGGAAGAGAGGGGCGCACUGUGGUCCACUGCCUAAAUGGGGGAGGCCGCAGCGGAACCUUCUGUGCUAUCUGCAGUGUGUGUGAGAUGAUCCAGCAGCAGAACAUCAUUGAUGUGUUCCACAUUGUGAAAACCCUCCGCAACAACAAAUCCAACAUGGUGGAGACACUGGAGCAGUAUAAAUUUGUAUAUGAGGUGGCACUGGAAUAUUUAAGCUCCUUUUAGACUGACUGGAUGGGGAACCUGCCAGAGUCCAGAGGCUGCUGCAGUUGCCUCUUCUUUUUUGUGACUGACAAUGACUGGUCUCAGGAGCUCCAAGGUGGCAUACCUGCCCAGCUCUAGAAAGGAGACUGCUGGUCUCAUGCUCUUCAGUAGGCUCUGCAGCUUCUGGGGAGGUCUGUAGCUGUGGGAGAUGCUGUUCUGAUGGAGACUAGCUUCCAUUCUACACCUGAAAGCAUCAGGCCCUCAGAAGCCUACCCUCAAGCAAGGCCCUGGACUUCCGAUUCCCAGACCUCUUGCUUUUGUUCGUUCUGAGUUUGUUACUCUCAUGGCAAGCUGACUGUGCAGGUGCUGGGGAUGUGGGGAGCUGGCCAGUCCUUCCCUCACCAUACUUAGGAGUACCAGGGGUAGAAGUUCUUCUCCAUGCUAUCUUGCAAAAGAUCAUAGUUUGAGGGAUCACUGUGUUAUUGGUUCCUACAAUCUCCCACAAGGGCCUCUGGCAUGAGACACCUUCCAAUCUGGAUCAGUGUGACUUCUGGAUGCCCCUUAAGCCAAGCAAAAAGCCUUUUCAUCUUACACCUAACCUACACUGGGUUUGACUCGCUACAACCGUCUCCAGCCAGGCCUUGACCUUCUGUAGUCACCCGGCCAACCCGCUGUAUCUGCAUCACACUUCAGCGAAGGUUUCCUUUGCUUUCCCAUAGUCUGUAGCGAGAGGAAGGCUCACAGGAAGUGAAUUAAAGUACCUCUUUAAUCUUUGUAGAAAGGGCCACUCUCCUGGGGCAGGGCUCUUGAGGGCCUGUGGAGUAUAACCCUGUGCUUCCUGGGUGGUACCUUCUGUGGAAAAGACAAACAAAAAAAGCUUUGAUUGUUUUCUCAAGUACACGUGAAAAGAAACUCUUAUGGGAGUGUAAAAUCCUAUAGUCUCUUAUGUCAAAAAAAGAAAAGAGAAGGGUAGGAUGGGAGUUUGAAUGUGUGGCUGUAAGAUAUCUCUCUUGGACUUAUAUUUCCUGGACAUACCCUUGAAAAGUCCUGCUGUAAGAUAACAAGGCCAUUGAACAAGUGAAAUGAGACCCCUGGGAUCAAUCCCUGGUUUGGGGGUAGGGAAAUACAGCAACACCUUUAUAAUUUGUCUCUCCAAAUUUGAACUCUUUCCUUAAAAAAAAAAAAACACAGCUGCCAUUUUGAAAUUGGCUACUGGGCCCCAGCUUGGUUUAUAAUAUAUUAAGCAGGUUUAGGCCUAGGACCAAGUGUUGCUCAAAGCAUGAAUAAAUUAAGGGAAGGGGGGAGAAAGAACAUUGUGAAGUGUUUCCUGCAAGCCAAGUAUCAUGCUUACCACCUUCCAUGUGACAUCCCACAUAGUCAGUAGCACCCCUAGGAACCACUAGAGAAAGCUCUCAUCAUUUCCAUUUGGUAAUUGAAGAAACCCGAGCACCUUCUUCGGUGAUGGAAUUCUGGGUUCCAAAGGCAGGUAAUGGCAGUGAAACCUCCCCACUAUUUUCCUCAUGCUUUCUCAGCCAAGCAAUUAUUUUUUUUUUAUGGAACCAAAAAAGGCUAGAAACUUCCAAGCAGAGAGAGAAGUCCAUGAGUAGAAAUUUAAUUCUUUCUUUCUGAUACCCGUUCUUCUUGGUAGCCCAAACUUUCAGAUAUAUUUUAUUAACUCAUUCCGAGUUCCCCAGGAAAGCUAGUCUUAUCUAAUUUCAUCAUUGCUAAAAACAAUUCUCAUGCUCCCUCAGGCUACAAGGGAGCUCUGUAGCCUGGGCUGAGCCACAAUAUCUGACAGCCUUAAUAGCCAGGGGUCUAGGAAGGUCUAUCUUGCAGACUGAUCCAGUCGCGGUGUAUGAGGGACACAGAAUCCAAUAAGGUGCACAUCUUGCCCUUCGGGCCCACUGUACUAUACGGAAGCUGAGCCACAUUGUAACAGUGGAACAUACAAGCAUUUGAUGAGCUUAAGCGUGAGAGUGACUUGCUCUGCCUAGAGCUUCCUAGGCAACAUCCAUUCCAGUCGGGGCUCAACAGAUUAGCAAAGAAGAAAAAGGAAAUUCAAGCCAAGGGGGUCAACAUGCACAAUGGUGAAGGCAAGUGAGAAGGUAUCUGGAGGGACAGAUGGUGGGAGGUCAGCCCAGCUAGAAAGUAGCAAGACAGGGAUGGUGGCAGGAAGGUAGCCAGAGCCAGGGAGGAAAUGUAAAGGGCACAGUCACUGCCCUGCAGGCAACAGGAAGCUGGCAGAGUUCAAUGGCUAUGCACUCAGUUUAGUUUUGGAGAAGGCUCUCUCUGGACCAGCAGGACAGCCUGUUUUCCUUUCAUCAGACACUGUGAAAAUGUCCCCUCAGUGUGUGCUUUUACUAUGUUGUGUGUGGUGUGUGUGUGUGUGUGUGUGUGUGUGUGUGUGUGCUCAUUAUUUUGUUGCUGGAACAAAAUAUGGAGUGAAUCAUGAGACUGAGCUCUUAUGUAAAACCCAGGGUCUCUGUUCUACCAUGGAGCAGGGUCAACAACCUUGGCCUCUAAGCCUUCAAGGACAGAAUAUAAAAGGAAAUCAGGGAGCCAGCUCCCAUUGGUGUGAGCCCAGAAGCUGCCUAGAAGUCUAAGAACACCAGAGUUGAUCAAGGAAGGCUGUCACUUCGGAAGUUCAAAAGGAACAUCUCAAAGAAAAGGCAAGCAAAGGAAUCCCAGGAGUUACUAUUCUCCUUUGAUGGGCCUCUUCCCAGGUGUAUUUGAGCAUAUCCCCAGGACCCAGAACCCACUGGCCCAUCUGGAUUCCUAUGGCUCUCAUCUCCUAUCUCUGAAUGGACUUCCCUGUAGCCUUCAGGAGUCUGUAACAUAGCCAAUCAGCAUGUUGCAUGCUAUUUCUUCAGACCUUGGCCACUUCUAACAAAGAGGGGAUGGAGAGGAGAGGAUUCACUACAAAUCCUAGGAUUCAUUCUUCUGAGGAAAGAGUUGAAGAGCUGACACAUAAAGAUGACAGUAGUAUCUGCCAUUAUAAAUGACAAGGAUAACUCCAAGGAAAAGGAAAUGUGUGAAAAUUCAGGCCAUGCUGAGGGAAGUCACCAAGGGCUAAUUCAUUCCCUUGUUUUCUCAUGAUCCAACUGUCCUUAAAGAAGGUGAUCUUAAAACAGUGCACACAAAGAGAAAGUGGGGUACAUGGAUGGAAAUGACACUCUUCAGAUCCCUGUGGAGGGCAUGCAGAAGAGCUUAGAUGACAUGGAAAAUGGCCCUAAGGUAUUUAGAUAUUUUCCCCAGAAAAAUCUCCCAAGAAAACCCACCUUCCAGGAGUCUCUUCUCACCUAACCUAUUUAUAGAAUGGGCUCAUUUUGACAUGAGCCAAGGAAGGAUGCCAAAGUGAAUCCUCACUUAGCUAAUAUCUUUCUGUUGGUGUCCAGGGGAAAUCCAAAUGGAGAUGAUAUAAGGUAAAAAUGAGAUAUCAUGAAAACUGCCCCCACUUGGGCAUGCUUAUGGCCUAGAUGACUUCAGGUGGGAUCAAAGCUACAUCUCAUGUGAUUGAUUUUCAUGGAUGAGGUAUGGGCCUGUUAGCUUCUAGAAAGCCACAGUAGGUCCCUUUUAUAAAAAGGAAUGGAAGAGGCUACUUGCUUCAGGUGACUCUCAGUGUGGGCCUUAGCAAUCAAAGACCAGCCAGAUGUCACCUACUCCAUGGAACCAGUAGACUCAGUGCUGUGGACUCUAAAACAUGGGCUCACUCUUCAACAUUCCUGAAGUAUCUGUGAUGAUGGCCAGCACCACUUUACUGAUGAGUCAACAGAUCCAAAGGGAGAACUCACUUGCCCAUUUAAGCAAACUCGGUCUGGUUUUCUGACCACAGAGACAAAAUUCUUCCACCAUAGUAUCUGAGAUUUUUUUUUCCCACAUGAUUACUCUUAACAACAGAGACAAGAGCAAAACUAAUGACUCAGUAGAUAUUGGUAAAGCCCAGUGCAGACAAUGAUAUGCUUCAAAUUCCUCUAGAGCCUCAUGUUUUACAUUCAUGAUAUAUUUGGAUUCCAUUUUCUAAUUUAUUCUUAGUAGUUUAAAUAUGACUGUAUAAAUAUUUUUUUAAUCUGUCCUUUAUCUCAUGUAUCUCUCUGAUCAACCUUGGGGAAUAUCUCUGACCAAGGCAUAGUGCCUGGCCAUGCUCCUUCAUUCUGAGGUUAAUUCUAAACUCACAUCCCCCUAGGUGCAUCUGUUGCUGUAGAGGUAUCCUGACUGUACUGCUCUUGAGGUUCAGUUAAGGUCUCUUCUUCUUAUGGAGGGUUCUGGAAGGUACCCACUAACAGACUAUAAUAAUGAGAACUUACCUGCAUGGCAUGGUAAUAGUUGAGCCCACAAAACCCCAAAGACAAAGGAGAAGCCAGAUGCAGAUUUCCUCUGAAGAUCCUUGAAUGUUGAAAGGUGUCUAUUGUCUCUGUAGAGUUCUGUGGCUUCUGAUGUGGGAAAAUCUUAGGACACACUUCAUGAAUCUUAAACACCCUUCCCUUUACAUAGCUCAAUACAAUCCCUGGUUUCCUAUAGCAUUCAGCACUCCAGACAGAUACCACUAGGAAGUACAGACUACUAUGGCAUGGUGUACCGUGGUUAAGUAGGAUAAGAACUUGCUCUUCGGUUUGAACUCAGACUUUACCAUUUCUGGAAUGUGAAAUAUCAGGCUGAACAAGGCAUGGAAAAAGAAACAUACACACAUCUUUGGCCAGGUUUAAGAGGGUUAAUCUGGAAGGCUAGGGUAGAAAAACAAGAAUUCAACUGAAACCCAAUGUCUAUUCAGGAACAAGGUUGCUUAUGGACUGUUGAGCUCAGUGAUAAAUGCCAUGGGGAAAGAAUAAAGAAAUCCAUCCCUCCUUAGCCUGUAGCAGGCCACCCCUGCUAUCUUAACAGGCCAUCAGCACCAAGCUAAAGCAAGGUAAAUACUAUAGAAUGUACAUCUAUAUCCAAAGCCAAGCAUGAAAGGGAUGCUGAUCCUAUGCCACAAGGUCAAUAGAUUAUACUGAGCCAAGAUCCCUAAGAACAAGUCGCCAACCCAAACUAAAAGACAAGUGAAAAGAUAAAACAGAAAUAGCAGUGUCCUCUCUAAGUCUUCAUUUGCCUUUCUUUCCAAUUGACCAGUCAAAGUGAGGCCCUCUGUAGCAUCUCACCAGUUCUAACUCAGAGCCAAAUAAAACAGAAAAAAAAUAGGGUAAAUUCAGCCAUAGACAACUGAGGCUCAACCUUGUUUCCAUACUGCUGUGUACAGGUUUCCUGUGUGAGGUUGCCCCUAGAGAUCUGUCAAAAAUUAUGAGAUGCAAAGGCUUCCCUUUACUAAAUGUGGGGUCACCUUUGAAAACCUAUCCUUUCUGAACAACAGAGAGAAAGCAAGAGUGAGAGUGAGAAAGAGUGAGAGAGAGAGAGAGAGAGAGAGAGAGAGAGAGAGAAUGUAUCAGUAGUGGAAAGUAGAAAGUGGGUGAGAAAGAGAAUAGUUCUAAAUCAAGUUUUCUCUGACACAUAUUUUAGAGUCAUGGAGCUGAUAUCCUAAGAAACACAGCACAAAUAUCUCUGACAUAUCUACAUAUGAAUACGCUCUUUCAGUUUCUUGGUAACCACAGGUAGACUUUUGCAUGACAGUGGCUAUAUAACUAUAUUGUGGAGACCAAGAACCAUCUCUUGCAUAUCUCCUGCCAAGUUCUACAAGAGGUAGAAAACUAUCAAAGAGGCCACAUUCACCCCUGAAAUGCAUCCAUGAAUAUUAGUGUCCAACAGCUGGAGUCAGUACCCACAUUUAUACCCUGCCCCAGACCUGGCACCACUUUAUCUAGCAAGGAUACUCCUGAGAGCUUAGUGGUGGGGCACUGAAGCUUGUACAGAGGAUGAGCAAGAAUUGGGAAGGGAGACAACCUACUAGAAAGGACUUCAGAAGGUGAUUAACCAUUGGGCUUCCUUCUGGAUCUGAGACCCACUCUAGGUGGCAAAAUGCUGACUCUUGGUCUUUGUUAGGAUGUUUAGAAAAAUGAGGUGUAGGAGUCUUAGAAUAUUGGACAGUAAAGUGAUGGUAUGCGCAUUUAGGGUAUCUAAUGUAGGUUGUGAUUCUUCAGUGAGAACCAUUUCUAGGACCUUUGUGAGAAGAAUUGUGUUAAUCUCGAAAAAAAAAUCAGUCUCCAAAAGGGACAAGCAGAAGACUAGCAUCCAUAGUCUUCUUAAGACUGUGGAUGCCGGGCGGUGGUGGCGCAUGCCUUUAAUCCCAGCACUUGGGAGGGAGAGGCAGGUGGAUUUCUGAGUUCGAAGCCAGCCUGGUCUACAAAGUGAGUUCCAGGACAGCCAGGGCUACACAGAGAAACCCUGUCUCGAAAAACCAAGAAAAAAAAAAACUGUGGAUGAUAUGACAGAGUCAAGCAAAGUUUGCUACCCUGGUUACUGCUAUGAGUGGUGCUAAGAUGGAUGAGCAAACAGUACCUGUAAGAAAGAACUGCCUGCUGGGGAGGAUAGCUGCCUGUUUGAGUAGCUUCCCAGCAGAAGCCAAGCAUCCCCGUCUCCUGACCUGAUGUGAAGAGGCAGCUUAGCUUUGGUAGAUUUCAGACCACUUUCACUUUCAGUGGGUGAGUCCUCGGAACAUGAAAGCCACAUUUGAACUGGUACCUUCAAACUGCAAACUAAGUAGAUAGGUCAUGCUUGGUUUGUGAAGUAGAAGCCCUCUGUUUUUCUAAUCAAAUCAUCUCCUUAUGUCAAUCAAAAGGCAGCUCCAGCUGCAUCUCCUAGCCUUAUGCAGGGUGGUUAGCACCAGUCACAGGGAGCAGCUCCUUGGCCAUGCAUUUGAUGCUUACGGCCAUCAUUGAGAAGGGCAGCCAACACCCAGACUCCUUAGCCACCAGGGCCCUCAAUGACAGACAGAACCAGGAAAUAUGUAGGCAGGAGUCAAGACAAGGCUUCAUUUCAUGCAUGUUAUCUCCAAAGGUUAACUCAGCCAUCACUCCCCUACUCAAGGCCUGUAGGAAAAGAUUUCAAAAGCACAGUGAUUCUGUUGACACCUGAUCAUAAUCAUUCCCAGUAUAUAUAUUUUAUCACCAACUUGUUCUUGGGUUAGCCCAGGUUAGCCUAGGCUAACUCAUAUUUGUAAUCAGGCUCAAAAAUCAUAUUCUCCCUUCUCUCUUCACUCUAUAUCCUAGUAGCCAAUUAAAGGUACAGUUGUAGCCUCUGCAGUUGCCUUGGCUACAGGGUACACCUCUCCAGGACCUAUCAUGGUAUUCCCAGUCUACUCUAGGGAAGCUGACAUUCUCAUUUCCCAGUGGCAUAUGAUAUCACAUGAGACCAAAGUCUCUACACUCUCUGAAGUCUCCACAAAUCCCAAUGGCCUGCACUUGUACAGUUUGGGUGUUUGAUAGAUAAAGCACGUGUGAGAAGAGAAAACAAAAUAAAUCAAUCUCAGCAAAAAGAAAGCCAGCACUGUGCUGUCAAUGUCUUUCCGCCCUUUCCCUUUUUAUUUCCAGUUCUAGCUUCAAAAAGAAGAAGGUAAAUAAUGUCAGGUCAAUGAAUAUCAGAUAUAUUUUUUGACUGUACAUUAAAGUGACGUGUAAUCUUUUUACACCUGCAAGUCCAUCUUAUUUAUUCUUGUAAAUGUUCCCUGACAAUGUUUGUAAUAUGGUUGUGUUUAAAAAAAAAUCUAUACAAUAAAGCUGUGACCCUGA